AUGUCCCCCACAAGUGAUUUCGAAUAUCCUUGGGAGAUCAAAAGCGAGGUAGAGCGAUUCCAGAAGCAAUAUGCUUGGGUUCAAAGAUGCAUUGACAACAAAAUUAUCUUCGUACCUGUGCCAUUGGACCAAGAAGGACUCAGAGUUCUUGACGUCGGGUGUGCUGAUGGAACUCUACUCCGUGACUUGAAGAAGCAAGUAUCUCCAUCUGCCCGGCUGGUUGGGGUGGAUGUCGUUGAAGCAUUUCUUCCACCUUCUGAAGAAGGAUUAAGAUACGAGACUUAUGAUCUUUGCGAAACACCACACCAAGAGCUCACUGGAGCUUUCGAUGUGACACAUGUCAGGUUUGUCAUUCCUGGUGCUGCCAAGGUGGGAUAUCAGAAGGCAGUAGAGCAUCUCGCCUCCACACUUGCACCAGGAGGAUGGCUACAAGUUCAUGAGAUGGACUUUGAUUUGCAAGAUAAGCCAGACAUUGGCCCAGCCCUGAAGGAAGUCUGCGCUCUAUUCUCGGGCGUGUUCAAAGCUAUGGGAAUGAUAUCUGAUCUUGCUCACAAACUUCCGGAGGCCUUUAAGACCGCAGGACUCAAUCAUGUCGCUGAAGAAACUGUUGAGCUGCCAAUGGGUAAGCUCUUGGGCGAUGAGGAGGCUGUCGAGAUGUCGCUCCAGCCUUUUCUUCUUACUAUCCCUAGUUUGAUACAGGGUGCAAAAGGCUUGGGUGCUGAUGUUCCCGAAUCCGUCUUCGAUGGUUUAGCGGUCAGGUUUGAGAAGGAAGUGAGGGAGAAAGGAGCAGUUUUCUUCACCAAGGUUAUUACUGGACAGAAGCCGGCAUAG